CUUCGACACACUAUAUUUACCUUUGCAUACCUACGCUGCGCCUAUGGCGCGCCUGAACGAGCCGCCUGUUGCGCCUGGGCCGUCGGCAGAGACUGUUGAUGCUGUAAAACGAAGAUUUCUGCGGCAGAAUCGCGACCUUGCAAAGACAAACUCGCAACAAUCCAUCCGCAUCCGCAACCUCGAGACGGAAGGCUCGCGCCUCCUCGCCGAAAACCUUUCACUGCGGGAACAAGUUCUGCAGCUGCAGAAUGCACUCGAAUCACAGUCGAACCGCCCUUCGUUCGAGAAUAUCGAUUCCGUCAAGGACAAACUCGAGGCCAAGAUUCAAGAGCUGGGAAGCUUGGUUGCUGAGCUGGGACAAAUCCAGAAGGCAAACACUGGACCACGAUGCAAGAGCCAGACUGCCGCCACCAGGCGAAGUCCGGAUGAGAGGCAGUGGAGGAGUGGGCUUGGCUUACAGGAGGUCGAGAACAGCAUGCUGCCUACCAUUACGGAAGGCAAAUACUACCCGAGGAGGACGAUGAACACGGACGAACUUCGAGAAAUUCUGGAGGAUCCGGAUAGCCACUCACCUGACUUGGGCCCUCCACCUGUCUCCCGAUUCGAAGACGAAGGGUCAAUUGCAUUCAAUCCUAGCCCCACCCUCGAAGAGACUCCAGCAGAGCCUGCUGAGGAAUUGGAGCCUGCUUUGUCUAGCAAUCUUGAAACCCGGAAGAAACGGCGAGAGAGCAACCCAAAGAUUAGCAUUCGACGCGUGUCCGUCUUCCAAUCCCCACCUGAGAACUCGGAAGAAGGAACCAACAAGGCUGUGAGAGCUGGUGCCAAGCGUAAAUUGAGUGUUCGAGAGGAUGAAGAGAAACCGAAUGCUGCGGGGGAUUCUCAGGCAGAGGCCUUCCGAUUUAGUCGCAGGAAUACUCCUGGUACUAUUGGUGACAACGCAUUGAUUCGGAAUACUCGCUCGCAGUCUCCCGAGCGUCUAGUCCUUGGAAGCAAACCCGUGAAUACCGAUCCUGUCCUCUCUCCAAAGAAGCAGCGGUCCGGCCUUGACAAGCCCGACAAGAAAGCGCUACCUAAUGCCAGGUCCACUCGCGGUCGGCUCACAAUAACCCGAAAUCAUCUCCCACCAGCACUUCCAUUACUUCAAGUUCCCCCUGAACCAAUCCCGACCACCGAAAUCCACCUAGACUCUCUCCCUCCCAAAACCCCUGCUGCAGAGGAUAUAUUCUCCCCACCAUCGGCCGAGCCUUCGACCACGAGGCCAGAAUCGAAAGAUACGCCCCCUCCUGGAGAUCUCACAUCAGGCGAUCAAAAUGGGCUAGGAGGACGACCAUCACGAAGAGCCCGAGCACAAGUCAGCUACAAGGAGCCCAGUUUGAAUACUAAGAUGAGGCGUCCGGGCAAAGAGCUUGUAGAUGCAGUCUAUCUGCACCAUGGAGGGAGGUCUAGUACGGAGCCGGCUUCUUCAACAUCGGCAGUCAAACAUGAAUCCGGCGAAGGCCCCGAGUCGUGGAAAGCUCUGACAUCCGCAAAUGGACGAGGUAGGGAUGAUGAGGGCGAAGUAGGAAGCCCACUGCGAGAAAAGCUGGGUAGGAGGGAGGGAGGCCAGGGCAUGGAAACUGGAGACUUUCCUGAGCAGCCACGGUUGAAUUCUUCGGCCGCCUCGAAUGCGAUAUCCGCCCUCAUUGCCGGAUCCGGGGCUUCCAGAAGGAAAUCCCAAGCUCCCUCGACGGCUCAAAUUGUGUCCAAUUUUACUAAUGUCCCAGUUGAACCGGUAGUGAGGUCCCUUCCAUCCGCAAUGAAACAAACAAACCCUGUUAAGGAGGACAAAGACGAUCUCGCCAUCUUCGAUUUCAAAGACUCCUCUCCCAGCGACCCACCAGCAAACACACGACCGAGAAUCGACCUAGCGAAGCCGGCGAGAAGUGCUAGAAGGCAUAGCUCAGUCCCCACAUCCUCCACGCCCGAGGAGCGAAAAGCUGAGAUUAGAGGAAAAGCCAGCGCCGGAUCUUUACCCUCUCUGCACACUAGGGCAGGUAGCGGAUCAGGUACGCGUAGCGUCAGUUUCUCGGGUCCGGGCCCAUCGAAUACUGCUACGAAUACUGCCAGGUUCGCGACCAGGGAGAAGAAAACUGCCGUUUUGCCAACAAGCGAGAGCAAUCUUGAUUUGAAAGUGACGGUGGGAGAGUCUGGUGUCGGUAAUACAGGCAGUUUGAGGGCCGAGAGGGCGGCUAGUAGGAGGAAGAGUAUGAUGUUGUGACUGUUGUGAUCGAUAUGCAAGAUUUUGCUGUCUUUACUAGAUGAUUGAAAUGUUUAUGUGGGUGUCGACCUUCUGGUAUUCUUUGGGAGCGGGUGGUGUGGCGUUUAUAUGGGGGAGGGAGUUGAGUCUUGUUUCAUUGCGGGGCGUCUUGGAGAUUUACGGUUCUUAGAUCAGAUCAGAUCAGAUCGGGCUAGGCGUAGGACUGCUCUUCCUGUCCAUAGAUCUUGAUGGACAGGGCUGAGUUUAGUGGUGAGAUGCGAUGAUUGUCAAUUGU